AUGGUAACACCCUUCGCCAUGAUUCAUCAACAUUCACAUGAAUUGGACCAUUUUCAAGAUCGUUUUCAACAGGGAAAUUUGAACCACAAUCUCACUUCAGCACCUUCAACAACGAAUGCACUGAUCUCCUCGAUUGUUUCCGAUCAAGUAAUAGUAAGAUUCAAAGAUUAUGUAUGUUUCUUUUUCUUCUUUACCUCAUUUGUCUUACUUGAUGAUGAAACUAAAAAGGACAACACUGUAUUGACUUUUUCAGCCUGUUUAAAUGAUCAAGUUCAACAAGUUAUACAUAGAUUUUGUCGUGCUGUCACUGCGACCCAUGAUUCUGACUUUAGAGUGUUCGCAUAUGGUGGAAAGCCUUUGAUGAAUUUUAAUGAUACUUUGCGUUCCAUUGGAAUGGAUCACACUUGUUUUGUGUAUGCAUUCAAUGAUCCAGAUCCUAAUAUUGAAUCCACUUCCAAGUUGUGUGUUGUGGUUCAAAGCCAUUUUUGUCCUGAUAUUCACUUUUUGAUGAAUAAAUCGACACCCAUGAAGAAAUUGAUGAAUGGUUAUUGUGAAAGGUUUGGAAUUCCACAAGAAGGUUUGGACCAAUGUGGACAAGAAGAAAUAUUACAAAAACACUUGUUUCUAAUUGGAGAACGUCGAAUUUUGGGAGAAGAAACACCUGAAAGUUUGCAACUAUGCGAUGGAGAGAGCAUUGAGUUUAUUCCAUUCGUUCACCAGAAUUAG